UAAAGGCAGCUACCCCACUGCAUGAAGCACAGACUUGGAGGAAACUUCAGAGCCUCUCCAAGAUGCUGGUUGUUCUGUUCACAGCGGCCUUGCUGGCCCUGAGCUCUGUUCAACACUUCAGUGAAGGAUUCCCCCAAGGACACCCUCCCAACCAAGGUUUUGGUCCUAAACAAGGUCCUCCCCAGCAAGGCCCACCCCAGAAAGGCCCACCCCAGCAAGGUCCACCCCCACAGGGAGGCCCUCAGCAGAACCAAGGUCCUCAGCCUGGAAACCAGCAAGGCCCACCCCCACAAGGAGGCCCACAGCAGAACCAAGGUCCUCAGCCUGGAAAACAGCAAGGCCCACCCCCACAGGGAGGCCCACAGCAGAACCAAGGUCCUCAGCCUGGAAACCAGCAAGGUCCACCCCCACAAGGAGGCCCACAGCAGAACCAAGGCCCCCAGCCUGGAAACCAGCAAGGCCCACCCCCACAGGGAGGCCCUCAGCAGAACCAAGGUCCUCAGCCUGGAAACCAGCAAGGCCCACCCCCACAGGGAGGCCCACAGCAGAACCAAGGCCCUCAGCCUGGAAACCAGCAAGGCCCAUCCCCACAAGGAGGCCCACAGCAGAACCAAGGUCCUCAGCCUGGAAACCAGCAAGGCCCACCCCCACAAGGAGGCCCACAGCAGAACCAAGGCCCCCAGCCUGGAAACCAGCAAGGCCCACCCCCACAGGGAGGACCACAGCAGAACCAAGGCCCUCAACCUGGAAACCAGCAAGGCCCACCCCAACUAGGAGGUAGACCACAGGGACCUCCCCAGGGCCAGCGUCCUCAGUAAUGAACGAUAGAUCUCCAGAAAAAUGAGUAAGAAGAUAAUAACCUUGUUGGAUUGUGCAACUGGAAUAAUGUUACCAUAAUUUGUCUACAUAAUAACAAUUAAAUUGCAAGCAUAUAA